CAGGGGUUUUUGCAGGACAUGCAGGAGCAGAUGGGGAAACUGACAGCCCUCCUAAAGGAUGAACGGCGGUCCCACCAGCACAGCUGCCGUGCGGUGAUAUAUCUAGAUAGUUUCUCCAACAUGGUCAGCUGAAUGGAACCUCUGGCUCCUUCUGAGUUCAUCAUGUCUCUGUUUCACAGCUGUUGGACGAGGCAGAGCGGAGAGCUGAGAGAGUCAGGCAGCAGCAACAACAGGAGAUGGAGUAGGUACUUUAUGCCCCACACAGCUAGCAGAGGUGGCGUCCUUUCAGUGGGAAGGGAAGUAAUGUCUAUUGUAUACAGCACAUCUAGGUUACACUACGAAUGAUAGACAAAUUCAAGCUCUAACCUAGACAACUUUGUUGUUCCAUUGUUAUAAAUCACUUUUAUGCGGGACUGUCAAAUUGGAAUAAGGUCCUUUGACAAAGAGAUGAUUCCCAGUCACCACUUCCCUCUGAUUUACAGGCAGCUAAUGCAGGCCCACAGAUCAGAGAUCAGUGCUUUGGUGACCCUCCACACCAAGACUCUGGAGGGGGAGAAGGGCUGUGCAGAGGAGAGAUGUGGUAUUAAACAAGAAACAAUGACUUGUGGCAACCUAACAGUCAAACUAAUACUGGAUCUCUUCAAGCUGUCCCUAUCACUCUCACCCUUUCUUUACUUGUCAACCCUCACAGCCCUGCUGGAGAAAGAUUAUGACUUCCUCAAAAGUUCCUUCCGCACAUACAAGGUGAAUUAGCCUUGCCACCUGUUGGCAGAUGGCACCAGUCAGAACUUGGUGUUUCACAUUUUGUCAGUGAAAUGUACUGCAAAAAAGUUUGAAUUGUUUUUGAAAAUGUAAAUUGUGUUUUUUCCCCUACUGCUCUAGGACAGUAUAUUUGAGGAGAUGCGUAGCAGCUGGCUAAGGAAGGAGAACAGCUGGAAAGAGGAGCAGGAGAGGGAUCUCAUGGACCAACUGAUGCAUUGUGAGGUUAUUAACAGUUGUGCAAAGUAGAGUUAUUAUACAGCUCCUCAGUUUCAGUGUUGACAUUUAGAAAUGCUAUAAUUCUCAUCAUUGACAGCACGUGAGCAGUUGAACAAAAGUGAGCAGGAAAAGGAUAACCAAAGAAAAGCCUUUGAGGCAGAAAUGGCAGACCUCCAGGCCAGGUUUCAGGAGGAGAUACAGGUCAGAGGAGUGUUGUUGCUACCAAUGUUAACCUGUAUUUGACUUAUAGGUGGUUCGGACAACGGGAUAGUUUACCUCUGAAGUCACUAAGUGUGUGUGGCUUUUCAGGUACUAGCUGGUGAGCUGACAGAGAAGGAUGUAACCAUCAGCUUAUUGAGAACAGCUUAUCACCAGACACAAGAGCAACUGGACAUUGUGGUAAGCUACUGAUACUCUGUGUCCUCUUCAUCCAGAGCAACUGUCACGGACGUUUCUGCUCAAACCUGCUAGUGAUGGCUAUCUUGUUGUUGUGACAGACCUGUCGUGUGUCAGACUUCGGGAAAAACACAAGCCGGCUUGGGCCAAGACGCAUGUCACGCAUCACGCAAGAACCAACAGAGCCAUAG